AUGGCUGCAACCUGUGAGAUUAGCAACGUCUUCAGCAACUACUUCAGUACUAUGUACAGCCCGGAGGAACCCGCCCUGGCUUCUGUUCCCACUGCGGCCACCUUUGGGGCUGAGGACCUGGUGCUGACCCUGAGCAACCCCCAGAUGCCACUGGAGGGCCCAGAGAAGGCCAGCUGGUCGGGGAAGCAGCCCCAGUUCUGGUCAAAGGCCCAGGUUCUGGACUGGAUCAGCUACCAAGUGGAGAAGAACAAAUACGACGCCAGUUCCAUUGACUUCUCACGGUGCGACAUGGACGGGGCCACGCUCUGCAACUGUGCCCCCGAGGAGCUGCGUCUAGUCUUUGGGCCUCUGGGGGACCAACUCUACUCCCAGCUGUGGGACCUCACUUCCAGCUUUCCCGAUGAACUCAGCUGGAUCAUUGAGUUGCUGGAGAAGGACAGCAUGGCCUUCCAGGAGACGCUGGGCCCCUUCGACCAGGGAAGCCCCUUCAGCCAAGAGGUGCUUGAGGAGGGCCGGCAGGCCAGCUCCUACUUCCCCGGCAGCUACGGCACCGGGGCCCCUUCCCCCGGCAGCUCCGAUGUCUCCACUGCAGGGACUGGUACUUCCCAGAGCCCCCACUCCUCAGACUCCGGUGGAAGUGAUGUGGAUCUGGAUCUCACCGACAGCAAACUCUUCUCCAGGGACGGCUUUCCUGACUAUAAGAAGGGGGAUCCUAAGCACGGGAAGCGGAAACGGGGUCGGCCCCGAAAGCUGAGCAAAGAGUCUCGGGAGUGUCUGGAGGGCAAGAGGAGCAAGCACGCCCCCAGAGGCACCCACCUGUGGGAGUUUAUCCGGGACAUCCUCCUCCACCCGGAACUCAAUGAAGGUCUCAUGAAGUGGGAGAACCGGCAAGAGGGUGUCUUCAAGUUCCUGCGAUCAGAGGCCGUGGCCCAGCUUUGGGGCCAGAAGAAGAGGAACAACAGCAUGACUUACGAGAAGCUGAGCAGAGCCAUGAGGUACUACUACAAACGGGAAAUCCUAGAGCGGGUGGAUGGCCGGCGGCUGGUCUACAAGUUUGGCAAAAACUCUAGUGGCUGGAAGGAGGAAGAAGUUGCCGGGAGUCGGAACUGA